CAAACAACGUAAGCGCAGACGCACAAGUUAUGUUCGUGUGGAACCGCGCCCACCGAACGACCUGGACGGCGCCACGUGUUCGAAUCGCAAACCACACGAGGACACGCGUCUCCAUCUACUUCCCCGUACCAGGGAAUAAAACCCCACCAAACGACGUCUUCCCAUAGAUAGUUCCAUGUUCUUUCUCUCUCUGGAUAAGCCCAUCGAGAUAUAUAUAUAUAGAGAGAGAGGGGAUGCACAUUGAGCUUCUCCACUUUCUCCAUCUUUCUCUCUCCUCUUCUGUAUCAGGACCAUAAUCUUCCUCCGAUUCGAGAACAUUGGGAACCGGUACGCUCCUAAUUUCGGUCCUCUUUGGUGGAGUCCCCUUUUCCAUGAUCAGGCUCGUUGAGUGUGAGAAUCUUUAACAGAAAAUCAUAAAAAUAGUAUGAGCACUAGGGGUUCAAGGGGACCUCCUCUACAAGGGUAUGUGAGGACUGGGAGGAAGAGGAAGAUGGUACUAGAUGUGGACCUUAAUGUGCCACCGGCCGAUAACCUGGGUCAGGAGGGCACUUCAGCUCAUUCUGCCACUCUCAAUGUGCAAAAUGGCCAACAAAGAGGAUCUGUGCCCCCUGUACCAAUUGAUGUUGAGGCGUUUGAUGACGAUGUUGUUAUAUCCUCACCCAGGGCUUUUGCAGAAGCUAGAAACAAUGUUAGAAGAAGUCGUCAGAGCACUGUUCUAGUGGAUGUAGAUCCAGAUGGAGGGGCGGAUAGGGCUGCUCCCAGUAGUCGCAACAAGCGGAGGAGAGUUCCUGCAAACCAAGCAAUCAUAAAUUGUGACCUUUACAUAAAUUUGGAGGCGAGUAGCAAACCUAUGAGAGAGAAUGUUCAGAUUGCUGAACCAUACCCCCCGAAGCCGCCGAAGGAGCCCACUUUUAGUUGUCCAAUAUGCAUGGGACCAUUGGUUGAGGAGAUGACAACGAAGUGUGGUCAUAUAUUCUGUAAGCCGUGCAUUAAGGCCGCAAUAACUGUUCAGGGUAAGUGCCCUACUUGUCGAAGAAAAGUCACCGCUAGAGAUAUCCACAGGGUCUACCUUCCUACAACCAAUUGAACAAGGCUCUUGGUGUUUUCUGGUGUCCAAAAAAGGAAGGUGAGUACUGGCUGCUUUCCAACAUACAGGCUGUUUUCCAAGAUUCCUGAAAGAAAUUGAAAUGAAACAUUGGUUUCGUCCGUCGUCUGUUCCCCGAAUUUCAUCUUCUCUGGGAUCGCAAUGCGAGAGUUUGUGGAGAUUACAGACUGUAAAUUACUGUAGGCAUUUAGUUUCCAUUAGGAACCAAUACUCUUGGUCAGUGAUUGGCUUGGCUUAUAUGUAUCGGAUGGUUCUAUUUAAAUUGUUGUUCAAUAAUUGUAGUGUUUUUUAGCUUACAUAUAUGGUCUUUCAGAGAUUAGAUUAGAAGUCGGGGAUCAACGAAAAAUCUCUCUGUAUUCCGUAUGGUAUUUCGUUCUUAUGAUCUGAUAGAUGGAACGAAUUGAAUGGUAGAGUUGAAAAUGGUGAAAGUGCAACUAAUUUAUGCCA